UCACAACUUCUUUUUAUAUGUAUUAUGUAAUGUCUUUUGUAGCAUCAAUCAGCAUAUAUAUUUACUCUUUGCAAACAUGUCUGAAUCUAAAAUAUCAAUAGACUUGGAGUCCUACCCUCCUAUUUUUCGCCAGCUGAACAUCCAAACUCAAAGAUUCAACGACCAGCCAGUUGAAGAAUCGGAGCCAAUUCCUAUCAUAGAUCUCCAUUGCUUGAACCCUGGCGAGCUUGGGAAGGCAUGUAGAGAUUGGGGGCUAUUUCGUUUGGUCAACCAUGGUGUUCCUUCAACCCUUUUGAGCCAACUUCAUGAGCAUGCCAAAAGGCUUUUUUCUCUUUCUUUUGAAUCUAAACAGAAAAUAUUCACCACCCCUUUGUCAUACCUUUGGGGCACCACUGCUAUUACCACUUCUGGCACAGCUUUAAUGACAGGUCUCCAAAAUAUCCACUGGGUUGAAGGCGUCCAUUUUCCUCUCAAUCAACUCUCACAAUUUCAAACCGAAGAUCCUAUUCUUGCUUCUUUCAGACUGGUACUAGAAGAAUAUGGAGAGCACCUAGGUCGACUUGCCACAACCCUAUUUAAAGCUAUGGCGGUGGAGCUCAUUCUGGAUCCAGAAGAAUCCAAGUCCCAUCUGGUGGAGUCUACAGGAUUUGUACGUGUUUACCGCUAUCCAUUACGCUCUAUGGCAAACUCUCCAUGGGGCAUAGAAGUACACACAGACAGCUCGGUUAUGUCCAUCUUGAACCAAUACGAGGUCGGUGGACUUGAAGUCCUCAAAGACAAUGAAUGGCUCCAAGUUAAACCAAUUCCCGGCACAUUAAUUGUCAACCUCGGAGAUAUGAUGCAGGCAAUAAGCAACGACAAGUACAAGAGUGUGAAACACAGAGUCAGGUUAAACAAACAUUACGAGCGGAUCUCUAUCGGCUACUUUGUGUUCCCAGAUGAAGGCAGUGUGAUUCAGAGCUCCAAGUACAGGCCGUUUACUUAUAGCGAUUUCCGAGCACAAGUACAACAAGACGUCAAGACACUUGGGUUUAAGGUUGGGCUAGAAAAGUUUAAGCAUACCCAGGCCUCUUCACCUUAAUGGGGCUCCAAUCUGCUUUGUCUUAACUUUGAGUUUUCCUUUUUCUCUUUUUUUUUUUAUUUAUUUAUUUUAUUGUUUGGUGUCAUUAGUGGACAAAUAUUCUUAAAAAUUCUGUUGACCGGAUUUCCUAGUAAUUCAAGCAGUAAACAUGAUAGAA